AUGUCCGUCGACAAGGCAUGUUCGUACAAGAACGCCGAGCUCUCUUCGUGGUCAAUCGAGGAUACCGCGCAAGCGACGCGUGACGAAUGGAACCGCGAUGUCUUUUCCAAGAUUCGCGUUGACACUUCGGAGUCGGCAAACAAGACCAGGCUGGCCUUGUUAUACUCCAGCUUGUACUUCAUGCACCUCAUACCCAGCGAGCGUGUAGGUGAGAACCCGCUAUGGGAAUCGGACGAGCCAUAUUGGGAUGAUUUCUACACAAUGUGGGAUUUGUUCCGCAACCAGGUCUCGCUCUGGCACCUCAUUCAGCCAAGCUACUAUGAGUCAAUGAUUCGAUCCCUCAUCGACAUGUUCAAGCAAGAAGGAUAUCUUCCUGAUGGCCGAUCUGGCAAUUACAACGGUCUGGUCCAGGGAGGAUCGAACGCCGACAACGUCCUGGCAGAUGCCUACGUCAAGGGCUUGACGGGUAUGAUCAACUGGACGGAAGGCUAUGCAGCAGUCAAGAAGGAUGCCGAUGUCUUACCUUUCUUCGACGAGAACCCAGUCGAUCCGUAUGGGUCGCUGAAGGAAGGACGUGGCGCGCUGAAAGACUGGAUAGAACUCGGCUACGUCUCGGCUGAUCGCAGCACGCGUGCAGUCUCAAAGACAGUAGAGUACUCACUCAACGAUUUCGCUGUGAGCCAGAUCGCAGCUGGUGAAGCGCCUGGCGAUCGUGACCUCUACCUCCGUCGGUCCGCAGGUUGGCAGAUGAGUUGGGAUCCUGAGUCUGCGAGUCGUAACUUUUCCGGUUUCGUUAUGCCGCGAUACGCGAACGGCACUUUCCACAAGACCUACGACAUUACUGACUGCGGCGAUUGUAACUGGGAAGAUGAGAGCUACGAAGGCACUGCUUUUGAGUAUUCCUUCGUCGUUCCUCACGACAUCUCGCGCGUUAUCACGCUAAUGGGCGGCCCUUCCCACUUUGAAGAUCGUCUCGACUACGUAUUCCAACCAAACACGUCUGGGGUAGACCUCGGCGUAAACGGACUUGGUAUCACGACCAUCAACAACGUCGCAAACGAACCCGACUUCGAAACACCGUAUCUAUACAACUACCUCAACAAGCAGUGGAAGAGCGUCGAGCGAAGCCGCCAGCUUGCCAAUGACUUCUACUUCAAUACAACGAACGGUAUACCCGGAAACAGCGACGCAGGAGCCCUGAAUUGCUGGCUCAUCUGGCAGAUGCUGGGAUUGUAUCCUAUAGUCACUACCCCCGUAUAUCUCUUGGAAAGUCCUUGGUUCUCUGAUAUCAACAUUACUGUCAAUCAUGACAAGACGCUGAGGAUCAGGGCCGAGGGGUUGGAUGAUGGAGACGGAAAGCAGGGGUACUAUGUUCAGGGAGUGAGUAUCAAUGGGCAGGCCUGGGACAAGAACUGGUUCGAGCAUGAAGACGCGGGUGGCAUCAUGACAGAAGGGGGUGAGAUUGUCUUCAGGCUUGGAGAGCAACAGACUGUGUGGGAGUCAGGUGAUGUACCGCCUAGUCCUGGACAUCAGGUUGUUGAUGUUGGUGAGGGCGCACAGUUCUCCUAG